GUCCAGAGAGAGGCAAGCUUGGACGCGUGGAAGCUACCUCACCAACUCGGGUACCUGACCUUAGUGGAAAGCCAAGAUUGAGCGUCCCAGGAAUGAAGCUAGGUUGCUGGGCUACACUGGGGGCAGGGUCAGAGGUCAUGUGGAGCGGGGGGCGGUCUGAAGGGUUCUGGGCGCCGCCCCGAUGCUACCUGAAUGCCUCGUGGGAACGAAAAUAAGGAGCAGGUUUACAGAUCAUAAGUGCAAGCGCAGGCGGGAAGUGAAACCUAAGUGGGACAAGGACCUUUGGGGGGAGGUCAGAGGGCACGAAGUUGUGCCUGCAGCUGUUACCAUAGUAACGGGGGACCGGAUGUGGCGAUCAUAGAGUGCGACAUCUCUUCUAAGGCCUUCAGGCUCGAGAGCCCCUCCACUCUAUGACAUGCCGUGAGAAGCCGGCUGUGUUGGCUCUUUUCAAGUCUUUAUAGAAACACGGCAAAGAGAAUGCUCUGCAUUGGUGCCAGCGUCUGGCAAAGACGAUGGGAGGCAGUUUACCUGAGAAUGGAGCUGCAGCAAAGGCUCCCGGCAGCCUUCCGGAAGUGAAAUGGAGGGAGCCUCAUCCUCGCUGUCCACCGACCCCCCGGAAGCGGAAACAGAAUGCCAGUGUGCCCCUUCCUCACUGCCCUCCAAAUCCCGCUGCAGCCAUUGCUGCAACCACGAUGCCGAAGCGAAAGAAACAGAAUCACCAGCAGCCACAGCCGCCACAGACCCCACUGCCAGAGCGGGAAGAGACUGGAGACGAGGAGGACGGGAGUCCCAUCGGUGAGGAGCCUGGGAGGCGUGACCCUCCCAGCCUUCUGGGCCCUCCCCCAUGGCCAUGGAAGCCUGGUGACCCCAAGUCAGCUCUUCACAGAGGUCCUCCAGGAUCAAGGGCACCAAUGAUUCCACCACUGCUGAGUCUCCCACCUCCUCCUCGGGGUAGGGGCCCAAUUCGGGGAGGCCUCGGUCCUAGGUCUGGCCCAUACGGUCGUGGUUGGUGGGGAGCCAAUGCUGAACCUCCUUUUCCCGGGCCAGGCCAUGGGGGCCCCUCCAGAGGAGGCUUUCACAAAGAGCAGAGAAACCCUCGAAGGCUCAAAAGCUGGUCUCUUAUCAAGAAUACCUGCCCACCUAAGGAUGGACCCCAGGUUAUAGAAGACAAAUCCGACCGCCCUGUCUGCCGACACUUUGCCAAAAAGGGCCAUUGUCGAUAUGAGGACUUCUGUGCCUUCUACCACCCAGGCAUCAAUGGACCUCCUCUGUGAGACUGUGCCUUCCCAUCCAGGCUGGAAUGAGCCCUCUAUGACCUGGCGGCCAUGUAUUACCCUGUGGCCCUGUGAUGGCUAUUGUGAGGCUCUUCCACCCAACCCUCAGUCAGUGACAUGCCCACCUUCAUCCACCACCUCCUCAUUUGGGGUUCAGAAUUGUGUUUCAUCACUGGUGCACAGUGUGCGCUCUUUCUUUUGAUUCAGCCUCAAAAGACUAGCCUUCAGGACCCCAUCUUUGCUCCCUUCAGCUGCCUCCUGGAUCCUCUUCCUUCUCGCCAAAUGACUGCUGAACAGGAAACCUCGUUGGUGCUGUUUCUCGUGCAUCUGUCCACCCAUCCCCCAGUAUUGCCCUCGAUUCCUGAGAGCCCUGGAGCAGUUUCCUACCAUUCCCUUCUUCUGGUUGCUGGUUUUAAGUCCUUUUCAUGUGAUAUUCCCUACCUGCAAUGUUGUCAGCUGCUCUGUGAAACUCACCAGGUUGUACGGCCUGGGGUCUAAUUUGAGUAACUGGUACAGAGUUACUCCCUGAAAGGCCACUCGCCCUGCUUUUGAAUUUUGUGGUUUCUGCAUCAGUAGCAUGAUCCCCACCGCUAUGGUCUGUGAUCACUGUGCUUUGUGAAACUGCAUCCCCUUGUAGCCUUUCUCAGUGUCUGUGGCAUUUUUGUGAUUUCCCAACACUAGAAUAAGUUAUCUACCAAAAUGAGUGAGGCUUUUGGUGCCCUCUAGACUUUCUCUGCCUGCCAACAUGGGAGAAUUGUGAAACCUUCCAUGAGACUGCCUCCCUGGUCCUCCCCUUUCUCACAGUAUCAGUUAUUCUGGGUCUGAAGCAGGCCCAUGAAACAUCUUAUAAAGCCUCUGAUGGGCCUACCCUGUCUCCUCUCCGGCCCAUUUUAGUUAGACUGUGUCAUUGUGAGGCCACCAACCCUUUCAUUGGAAAUCUGUGAAUCUCCACCUGGUCUAUCUUUGGGUGGAAUCUGGACAGUACUGUUGCUCUCUCCCCACCCUAUUCCCCUACAUCCCUGGCACUGGUUGUUUUCUGUGAAAACAACAGUGAACAGAUUCAAUUUGGAACUGGCCCUGGGGAAAUGGGUCAGUUAGUUGUGUGGGCAAGAGGGAGGGAUGAGAGCUGUUGGAGAAAUGAGUGAAUUUUUUUUUUCUUUUUAACAUUUUUUUAUAUUAGUAAUAAACGCAGUGGAAA